AUGUGUGGAAUCAUUUCACACUUACAAAUGGGAAUAUGGCAAAAUGCAGUUAUUGUAAUGAAAAAAAAAAGUUUUUCUGGAGGAUCAACAGGCAAUCUUUUAAGGCACAUGAAGACAAAGCAUGUCACAGUUCCACUGCAAAGAUCAACACCACAGGUAGCAGAGGAAUCAAACUCUGAGUACCUUGACAAUUCACAACCAUCGACAUCCACUUCUCAAUUUACAUCUGCAAUAGUUCAUUCUUCUAUAACAUCUUCGUCUUCAAUAGUUCAAAACAAAAAUAAUUAUCAAUCAUCUAUAGCAAAUUUCAUUCAUCGACCACUGCCAUUAUGUAAAUCUAUAUCAAUUGACCAUCAAUUAAUAAAAAUGAUAGUAAAAGAAUAUCACCCCUUUAGCAUAGUCGAAGAUAAAGAGUUCAGAAAAUUAUUGAAUAUGCUGUCCCCUAAUUACAUAAUUCCUUCCAGAAAAACAGUUUCUAAUAGUUUAUUGCCCCAAAUGUAUGAGAUGGUUGUCCAAAGAGUAAAAGAUAAAUUAAAAAAUGUAUCUGCAGUAUGUUUUACCACUGAUGGAUGGACAUCAAGGAAUAAUGAAAGUUUUUUUGCAGUAACUGCUCAUUUCAUAGAUCCAGAUAAUGUCACUGAAUUAUCUUCAGUUUUGUUAGCAUGUACUAGUUUUGGAGAAAGUCAUACAGCUGAUAAUUUAGCUUCAUUUUUGAAAACUACCGUAGAUGAUUGGGGAUUGAGUCAGCGUAUAACUGUUGUAGUAUCAGACAAUGCUGCAAAUAUUAAAAGUGCAAUUGAAAAAUGCAAUUGGAGACGGUUGUCAUGUUUUGCGCAUAUCAAUUUGAUUGUCCAUUGUGGAUUGGGUGAGAUUGAGCCUGUUAUAACAAAAAUUAAAGACAUUGUAUCUUACUUUAAAAGAAGUUCUCAUGCAUUAGCUAAAUUGCAGGAAUAUCAAAAACAAACCGGGAAUCCAAUUUUAAAGUUGAAACAAGAUUGCCCAACACGAUGGAACUCAACUUUUGAUAUGUUCGAUAGAAUAUUGAGAAUAAAGGAGCCAAUAAUUGCAACAUUGGCUAUUUUAAACAACACCGAAUUAAAUUCACUUACUCCAAAUGAAUGGAAAGUUGUAGAUAAAUCAAAAGAGUUGUUGAAAAUUUUUUAUGAUGUCACUGUUGAAAUAAGUGCAGAAAAAAAUAUUUCAAUUUCAAAAAAAAUAAUUAUGGUAAGAGCUAUGUUUAAAGUUACACAUACAUUUAUAAAUGACAUAGAUUUACCCAGAGAAGUGCUGAAUAUGGCCAAGACUUUAAAAGAAAAGUUGAUGAUUAGGUUUGACAGAAUUGAAGACAAUUUACUCAAUGCUCAAGCUACAAUUCUAGAUCCUAGAUUCAAGAAACAUGGAUUUAUUAAUGAGGACAAAUAUAAUAGGAGUAUAUCCCAACUUCGUAAUAAAUUACAAAGCAGCAUAAGAACAGAGCAGUUAGAUUUACCUCAACAAUCAUCUUCUUCAGCACCUCAGUAUUCCAACUCGCCAAUCUGGGGAGAUUUUGACAAGUCUGUGGUUAAUGCUAUCGGUGGAAAUAAUUCUACAGCAGCAGGCAGAAUUGAGCUAGACAAAUAUUUGAAUGAACAAAUUAUCAGUAGACAUGAAAAUCCACUACUCUGGUGGUCAGAGCGACAAAAAGUUUACCCACGACUCUAUGAAAUAGUUAAAACUCGUCUUUGUAUCAUAGCCACAUCCGUUCCAUGUGAAAGGUUAUUUUCAAAGGCAGGACAGGUAAUUACAGACCGUAGAAAUAGGCUUGAAUCAAAAAAAAUAUCGAAGAUUUUGUUUUUAAACCUUAAUAUGUAA